AUGUUUAAUAGGAAAGGAUCACAAAAGGGCAAAGACCCAUCCGUACCAUUCCAAAGACCCACCACAUCAAAGGAUGCUCGAUCAAUAGAAGACGGAUCAGAACCGAGAGUAUCAUUGGGACGACGUUUCUGUCGAUACUUGUAUAAUAGAGAGAAAAAGCUAUUCUGCGGAAGGUCAUGCAAAAGCUGGUUAUGCAUUAUUGGAUAUUCAAUAAUGUAUUUGUUGUUUCUAAGCACGUACACACUCCUGUUUCUAUUCGGGUCAUUGUCGAUAAUAAAAUUUAUGGACAACUAUGAAUUGAUUGAAAAAAUUGAGCUUAUGACAUAUUCUCAGAAUGGAAUUGGACUCUCUGCGACUCCGACAUCUGUUAACAACUUUCCCAUUAUCUCCUACAGAAGUAAUAGCAAAGAAGAUGAGAAAUAUGUAAAUGAAUUAGAUAACUUCUUCAAGCGACGAAAGCGAUCCGCCGAAGAUUUGACAUUAGGACCUUGUGGAUCUCUUCCUUUUGGGUAUUGGAAAAGUCCGUGCAUUGUUAUACGUAUUAACAAGCAAUUAGGCUGGUCAGCAAAACCUUUGAAACUUAACACGACCGAUUUAAAUAUACCUCUAGAUGUUCGGGAGUGGAUGAAGUUAGAUCAACAAAAACUCUGGUUGCAUUGUCACGGUGUUCAUUCAUAUGACAAAGAACAUAUAGGCAAAAUCAUAUACUACCCCGAUCCGCCCGGAUUCGAUCCAGGAUUAUUUCCUUUAGAUAUGAAGGAUAAUUCGCCUCUAGUUGCGGUGCAAAUAACAGAUUUUACUUUAGGAAUAUCGCUCGCCAUUGAGUGUACGUUAUGGUACGAUGGAGGAUCAUCAUCAACGGCAUUUUUACUGUAUGUUACGCCUAAAAAUAAAAUUAUCGUAAACGCAGAUAAGAUUGUACAAUGA